AUGAAUUGUCUUCCACGUGUUUACUUCAGCUGGGCUCUCCUGACUGUAGCUGUGAUCCCCGCGUCGUCAGGAGAAAUGUAUACAUCGCUGCUGAACGUAAAGCAGGCGAUCAGCGUUGAACGGAAGCUGAUCGAUUACUUGAGAACUUAUAUUGACCAGGAGCUGGAGAGGCUGGAGGACAUCAAACGCUUUUAUGUCAAAGUGUCUGACCUUCACACUGAACUUUACAAAGGCCCGGGGACUGCGAUGGCAAACCCUCUGGUGGCAUUCACCCUGAUCAAGCGGCUGCAUUCAGAGUGGCUGAAUGUCGUCUACAGCAACGAAGCCUUGGAGAACACACAAGCCCUCAGGUCCAGUUACGAGGACAAAGAGGCCGAUCUGCCCAAACUGGAAGACCUCCAGGGGGCCGCCAAGGGGCUGAUGAGGCUGCAGGAUGUGUAUGCUCUCCAAGUUACGAGCCUCGUAAGGGGUCGUUUCCAGAGAGUCUCUAAUGGAAAGCCUAUUGAUAUCUACAUGCCAACAGUCUCUGUCCCACUGUCUGGUGAUGACUGCUUUCUGGUUGGAAAGGUGGCCUACGAGCAGGAAGACUACUACCACUCAGUGCAGUGGUUGGAGGAGUCGGUGCGUCUCUUCAGGGGAACCGGAGGCGAGUGGAGCCCUGAGAAUGAAGGGACUUUAGAGGAUGCCCUGGAUCACCUGGCCUUCUCUCACUUUAAAACAGGAAACGUCUCCUACGCUCUGAGUCUAUCUCAGGAGUUACUGCAUUACGAUCCAAUGAAUGGAAGAGUUUUGCAGAAUGUUGAGAAAUAUGAGAAGCUGCUGGUCGCUGCUAGUCCACCCAGGGUCAGUGGGUUGAGGAGACCCACAACCAAACAUGUAAGGACCAGGGACACUUAUGAGAGACUCUGCCAGACCCAAGGCUCUCAGCCAAUGCAUUUUGAAAACCCCAGACUAUUCUGUGACUACUUCACCAACGACAAUCCUGGGCUGCUACUGCUGCCAGUAAGACGUGAAGUGUUGAGCCUGCAGCCAUAUGUGGUCCUCUACCACAACUUCAUCACUGACACAGAAGCUGAAGAUGUCAAGAGGAUCGCCCAGCCAGGACUGACAAGGUCUGUGGUGGCAGCUGGAGAGAAACAAGCAACAGCAGACUAUCGCAUCAGCAAGAGUGCAUGGCUGAAGGACUCAGCACACUCCAUUGUUGGGAAGCUGGACCAGAGGAUCUCUAUGCUCACAGGUCUGAACGUGAAGCAUCCAUAUGGCGAGUACCUCCAAGUGGUGAAUUAUGGGAUUGGUGGCCAUUAUGAGCCUCACUUUGACCAUGCUACAUCACCUUCAAGUCCCGUGUUCAAACUGAAAACUGGGAAUCGAGUGGCAACCUUUAUGAUAUACCUCAGCUCUGUCGAUGCAGGUGGGUCCACAGCCUUCAUCUACGCCAACUUCAGCGCUCCUGUCGUGGAGAAAGCCGCCAUCUUCUGGUGGAAUCUCCACAGAAAUGGUCAAGGAGACGUAGACACCCUGCAUGCUGGCUGCCCUGUGCUUAUUGGGGACAAAUGGGUGGCAAACAAAUGGAUCCAUGAGUAUGGCCAAGAGUUCCAACAUCGCUGCAGCCUGAAUCCUGAAGAGUGA